UUCGACCUUCCUUACUCCGAUUCUUACUUCUUCUCAUUCCUUUAACCAAAUCAAUCAAUCUCUCUACGGUUCUUCUCCUUCCUCUUCAGAAGCUGGUUUCAUUAGCCACCAUGGAGCCCAAUGGGUAUAGGAAAGAAAGAAAGAGGGAAACUUUUGGGAGAAUGAAUGGUGAUGUUGAGGCUGAACUUGAUCCAUGGACUGCAUGGGCUUACAAGCCUCGCACUAUCUCCCUUCUCCUUAUUGGCGCUUGUUUCCUCAUUUGGGCUAGUGGAGCUCUUGAUCCUGAGAGCACUACUUCUGGUGAUCUUGUCACUUCUGUCAAAAGGUUCUCUCUUUCUCUUUAUUUAUGUUUUUUCUUCAUUUGAAUUCGUUUCUUUGACAGUACUAUGUUUGCUGUCUCUUAGGGGAGUAUGGGCUAUGAUUGCUGUCUUUCUUGCUUACUCUUUGCUUCAGGCACCUUCAACGAUUCUAAUCAGGCCUCAUCCUGCAAUUUGGCGCUUAGUUCAUGGAAUGGCCGUUAUUUACUUAGUUGCACUUACUUUUUUGCUCUUCCAGAGACGAGAUGAUGCUAGGCAGUUCAUGAAGUUUCUCCACCCUGACCUUGGAAUAGAACUUCCUGAGAGAUCAUAUGGUGCUGAUUGCCGUCUGUAUGUGCCUGAUCACCCAACAAACAGGUUUAAAAAUCUUUAUGACACUAUAUUUGACGAGUUUUUCUUGGCCCACAUCUUUGGAUGGUGGGGAAAAGCAAUUUUGAUAAGGAAUCAGCCGCUUCUGUGGGUGCUUUCCAUUGGUUUUGAGCUAUUGGAGCUUACUUUUCGGCACAUGUUACCAAAUUUCAACGAGUGCUGGUGGGACAGUAUUGUUCUUGAUAUCUUGAUAUGCAACUGGUUUGGGAUUUGGGCUGGAAUGUAUACAGUACGCUACUUUGAUGGUAAAACAUACGAGUGGGUUGGCAUUAGCCGUCAGCCUAAUAUUAUUGGCAAAGUGAAAAGGACAUUGGGGCAGUUCACACCAGCUCAUUGGGACAAAGAUGAAUGGCAUCCACUGCAAGGACCUUGGCGUUUUAUUCAAGUACUCACUCUCUGCAUCAUCUUCUUGACGGUUGAGCUGAACACAUUCUUUCUUAAGUUUAGCUUGUGGAUCCCUCCUCGGAACCCAGUGAUUCUCUAUAGGCUGAUCUUGUGGUGGCUCAUAGCGAUUCCAACUACACGGGAGUACAAUUCAUAUCUCCAAGACCGGAAACCUGUGAAAAAGGUGGGAUCAUUCUGUUGGUUGUCACUGGGGAUAUGCAUAGUAGAACUUCUAAUCUGCAUCAAGUUUGGAACUGGAUUGUAUCCAACGGAAAUGCCAUUGUGGGUAGUGACGCUUUGGGGAAGUGUGGGACUUGGGCUUGUGGCCUUCUUGAUGGGUUGGACAUGGAAGAUCCAGAAGUCCCUUGAGAGAAAGAGACGCUAAUAAGCUCAUGAUUAUUGUUGCAGCAGAGGUGAGAGGUGGGACAGUGAAAAUGCCAUUGUAGGUUUUUUUUUUUGUAAAUAGGGAGAAGAAAGAACAAUGUAAAUGCAAUUUUUCUUUUAGGGAUAGUUGUGUGAUAUUUUACAUUACAGAGCUGCUUCCAGUCAAUUCUUUCAUGCAUCAAAAUUGCUUUUCAUUGAUCUUUGUUCUCUUCUACUCAAACUAACAAACAUGGUUUGGUUUGAAUGGUGUAACAUGUUAGUGAUAUUAAUAUCAUCAAUGUUGAUUUGGUUACAG